AGAGAAUCUGGCCAGGCAGGUUCCACAGCUGCAAGAACAUUUGUUUGCAGAAAGAAUUUUCAUUUCCUGCCAAAGGAGUUCUUGAGGUUUUUGGCAAACAUCACCCCACUUUAAUUUCCUUUUAUGGUAAAAAGGCCUUAGGUCUAGUCUGGUCCUAGAUGUACCUUCUUCCCGACCCCAACCCCUAUCCUCACCCAACCCCACAUGACCUUUUAAACAGCUUUUGUUUUCUUUGAGUGAAACUGUAGCCAUCUCCCUGAUUUGAUAGUUUCAGGUAUGGAGACUGAAUUGUGGGUAUUGUAGUUCUCUUGCCUUCCAGGGUUUCUGGUUGGGCAGCAUCCCUGUCACGUUGGUAAGUAUUUGAAUCCCAGGUAGUUCUUUCAGGAGGAGUGCUGGUGUUCCUGGAUCACCAAGACAGGCAUAUGCCUAAGCUGAAGAAACCGGGACUCAUUUCCACAGAUGUGGCAAAAUGCUAAUCAGUGAAAGAGCCUAUUAUUGGCCACAAGGAAUUGGUCGAAGUAGAUCUGAAGGGAAUUUGAUUGACAUGGAAGCCUCGAAACUCUCAAAACAUCACAAUAUUACAGCGUGGCAAGGGCGAGGCUUGCCUUACAACUGGCCAGAUGCUUCUACUCUCCAUGGUGAUAGAGAUGCCAAAGCUACAAAUCCAUUCUGGAGUGAACUGUCUGCCUCAAACCCAUUUCUGGAGGACAUCACGCAGCUAAGAAAUAACAAAAAGAAAGAUAACAUGUCUAUAUUGAAGGAAGAUCCUUUCCUUUUUUUAAGACAAAUAGAAAUAGGAAAUUCUUUUGAUUCCUCUGGUGAUGAACUAGAUGUGGAUCAGGGGCUUAGGUCAUCUUCCUCAAGGACGUCAGGAAGGUCUAAGAGUGUUUCAGAGCUCCUGGAUGCCUUAGGUGGUACAACACACACUCACCACAGUAUACAAAGCUCUGAUCAGAUCCUAGUACAAGACUUAGAAUGGCUUCAAAACGACCGGGAGGCAUAUAAAAUGGCUUGGCUAAGUCAACGUCAGCUGGCUCGCUCUUGCUUAGAUCUGAAUACAAUUAAUCAGAGUCCUGGGUGGGCUCAAACACAAACUGCAGAGACCAUUGCAGUUUGUACAUUAAAUCACCAAGGAGGGUCAGUUCAGUUACCUGACUCAGACAUCACUGUUCAUGUACCUCAAGGACACGUAGCUAUCGGAGAAUUCCAGGAGGUAUCUCUGAGAGCAUUCCUGGAUCCUCCACCAAAGCUGAACCAUGAUCUCUCCUGUACUAUAAGCCCUCUCUUGGAAAUCAGGUUAAGCAACCUGAAUACCAUGGAAGCUAUUUUGUUGGAGAUGAAAACUGGAACAGAAGUGAAAACAGAUCCUCUGAGCCAAGUCAUGACAAAAAUAGUGUGUUUACACAGCCUGGACAGAGAAGGCCCUUUCCAAGAGCUAAACAACUGCUAUGUCUACAAAGAUACCAUCCAAGCUAAGCUUCUUGAUCUGAGCCACGUAAUGUAUAUAGUCAUAGCUGCACAAGCUACGAUCAUUCAGCCACCAGCUGCUACUAUUUGGGAUUAUCUCCACAAAACCACCUCCAUUGGAAUUUAUGGACCAAAACAUCUCCAUCCAAGCUUUACUGCUGUUUUCACUGUUUGUGGACACAACUAUGUGCCAGGAAAGUUUACAGUCUCCGACAUUAGGAAGGGUGGAAAAAACACAUCUCCAGUCGUAUUUCACCUCUGGGGGAAGCAUUCGUUUUCACUUGACAAGCCACAAGAUUUAAUUAUUUCAGCUUUUUCAUGUGAUCCUGACGUAAAGGAAGAGGGAGAAAGAAAAGUAAUUGCUCAAGGGCAAUUGGAAGCAGGUGCGGUAGUCCAUCAACAAGUUUUCUUUUCUUCAGUUGGCCACAGAGAGAUGCACUUGUUUGUUUUCCGGGUUCAGGUAAAGGCCCCCAGCGGAAAACCAGUCACACAGUUCUUUGUCACUUCACCUGAUCCAGCCCCAAAUCUAAAAAGUUUCUCAUAUCUGCCAGACAUUUUCCAGAAGAAGAGAGAAGAUAGGAGAGCGUCUUUAUUGUCAUCAGGACUUGUUAAGUAUCCCACAUUCCAAAAUAAAAACUUGAACUUUACCAGUUAUGGGGUCACACUGAAGACAGUACUGAGGCAAAGUAAGAUUGACUAUUUACUUGAGUAUUUAAAGGGGGACACAAUUGCCCUCCUUGGCGAAGGUACGGUAAGGGCCAUCGGACAGUCCAAAGUGAAAGAAUGGUACGUAGGAGUCCUCCGAGGUAAGAUCGGACUUGUGCAUUGCAAAAAUGUCAAGGUGAUUUCCAAAGAACAAGUGAUGUCUAUGUCUGAUGGCAUUUUGACAACCAAGAAUCUUCUGGAACAAAUUGCCUUGCCAUUUAAAAAUCUGACUUACGUAUACUCCGUUGUAUUGACUUUGGUGUCAGAAAAAGUUGAUGACUGGCAAGUUUUAGCUAAUGUCCUGGGUUACUCAAAUCUGGCACAGGAAGAUUUUGAUAGAAUUCAAGCUGACAAGGAACCAGAAAGGGUUUCUUACAUUGUCAAGAAGUUAAAGGAAGAUUGCCAUGAAGAUAAAAAUACCAGGAAGUUUCUUUAUGAACUGAUUGUGGCUCUGCUAAAAAUGGACUGCCAAGGAUUAGUGGCACGUCUUAUCCAAGAGGCUGUUAUUUUGACGUCAGCUGUAAAGCUUGGAAGAGGCUGGAGGGAACUUGCUGAGAAGUCUGCAGGACUCACUAAGCAUCAGAUGCAGGCAUAUGAAAAUCCUCACAGAGGAAAAUCUGGAGAAGUUUCAGCAGAGACAAUGUGGAAACCUGCCUAUGAUUUUCUCUAUGCGUGGAGUUAUCACUAUGGAAAUAGCUACAGAGAUGUGUUACAAGACCUUCAAUCAGCUUUGGACAGAAUGAAAAACCCUGUCACUAAACGGUGGAGAGAUUUAACUGGAAUCUUAAUACUUGUAAAUUCUUUAGAGAUUUUGAGAGUAACUGCUUUCUCUACUUCUCAGGAAAUAUAGAAUGAAGCAAAUUUGGGGAGAAAGAAUGGUAAAGGGAAAAGGGUGUGUAUGUGUGUGUGUGUGUGUGUGUGUGUGUGUAUCCGCACAUAACAAAGAAGGAGAAUGAACUCAUAGAGAUGUCUUACAUUUGGAAAACUAAGUGCAGAAAUCAAAUGUGGAAGACUACCCACGAGUCUAGUGUAAAGUAGGUUUUCUGCCUUAAAAAGCUGGUUCUAAUUUUUGAAAAACCAUACCACAAAGCGGAAUAGUAAAGAGGACAAAUAAUAAAAAUGCAUACUGAGAAACAAAGAAUGUUCCUCCUUUUGAACAUCUCUCAAGUAAUUACCAGAAGGAAAAUAUGACACCAUCAGAAAAAACUGUCUUCAAAUAUGCACUAAGAAUUUUUGUCAGCUACCUUCUGUAUCUUGGGACUAUACAUAAUUUGAAGUUUUCUCCCAUGAUAAGAAUUUAAAAAUAUUUUUUCUUUAAUGAUCAGGAUACUUAAUAAAACAAUAUCACCAAAACACUUUCAAUCCUAUGAUAUGAUACUGAUGUUUUCGUGUGUGUGCUCACAUGAAGACAUGGUGUGUGUGUGUGUGUGUAUGUGUGUGUGUGUGUGUGUGUGAACAUAUCUCAAAGUAUAUUAUAAAACUUGUAGAAAACAAGGCUAAUGUGAGACCUUGAGUCAGUAUAGGUGUUAAUAGUUGGCAGAGUUGACAAAAAUGGUCUGCCAAUGUCUUUGUAUUUGGCCCUUCCUUUACUUAUUGUAGUGAAUCUAACAAUAGCCAUACAGGUACUUGAGAAAUAAGAUAUAAUGUGGAAGAAUGUAUGAUUUCUGGCUUCAGUGAUAUUAAUGAUAGGGAUGGGCAAUAAAAAAUGACACUAUUAAAUGUAAAAUGGCAUAUACAAUGACAGCUUCAAUGGAGAAGCUGUGAGCCUGGAGUAGAGGCUAUCAUAUGAAGAGGGAAAAAGAGCGGGUUCAGCAGGAUUUUCUGAGAAGCAAAUGAUAACCCUUAAGUGGCUUAAGCAUCGAUGUUGGCAUAGUAGGAAGGGUGGGAGCUAGAAAUCAUCGGAUCCUUCAGACAGUGGACAGAGACCUCAGGGUUGAAGGGGAUAGAGGGGCGGGGUAAGAUGAUAAAGAUGUAAGGAUAAAAGGAUGAGACUGAAGGUAGUUGGGAAGGAAGCUACUUUCAGGUCACUAAAUCCUUUAGCACUUUGGAAGGAAUGAUAUUUCAAACAUAACUUGGAUAAGCUGAAUAAAUUAUUGUUUGUGGA